AUGGAUAACAAUCCUGGAGAAACCAAAAAUGAUACAACUGUUCCAAAGGAAAAAAUUCAACGACCUCCUGAAUAUGCAACAUGGACUCAGUGCAAAAAAGACUCUUGGGAUCAAUUAGAAGCAAAUCCAAACGCAUUUUACUAUCGUCAUCUAUAUCCAGGAGAAACUCGUAAAAAUGGAGCGUGGUCAGAGGAUGAAAAGAAACUUUUUGUUGAAGCACUUCGUAAAACCAAAAAAAUUAAUCAACACUGGGGUUUAUUUUCAAGAAAUAUUCCUGGAAGAGUUGGUUAUCAGUGCCAUCAGCAAUAUCUUCGUAUGGUUGAAACAGGAGAAUUACAAAAACUCGCUCCAGAAUUACAACUUCCACCACAUCGAACAAAUGAUACCUCCAAGAAAUGGAAUCAUAUAGACUCAUCUCAAAAUACAUCCAGUCAACUUGAUCAAAUCGAAGAUGAGUCCCUAUAUUUGAAGCAGCCAUCAAACGAAACAAAUUUCAAAGAAAAACUAAAAUCUCCAAUGAAAUCGCCAUCGUCAAGUCAAAUAGAACAAGAUAUAUUAUAUUUUUAA